AUGUCAGAAAGAGAUUUCGAUGUUUUCGCACGCCUGCAGUAUGGGCCAUGGGAAGCGCCAGAUAACUUCCAUGAUGACCCUGAAUUGGCACUAUGGACGAUGGUUGAUGGCUACUCGGCCUGAUGUCAAGCUAAAAAGUGGAAGUUUUAUUUAGCACAGACAGUAAGAGACAAAUUCGCAACAAUGAAUAUGAAAGGACUCUUUGCAUUGUUUGCAAACAAAAGAUCUGUUCGAGGGGAUGUCACACUGUCGAUGGACACUGUCUGUCCUUUGUUUGAUCAGCGAGUGGCGGUAUCCAUUAGUGACAAUGGCGACGGUUCGUACGCUUUAUUUGUUAUAACUUCUAUGGCUCGUCUCGAAAGCGAACCGAUGGUAUGA